CACGGAUCGGAUCGGGUCGGAUCGGAUAUCCGAUCCAUUUACAGGCCUAGUUUUGAUCGUACUCGUACAGAACACACACAGAUUGAAUGGAGACAAGAAGGGGAUUAAAGUUAAACAUCGGGAUCAUACAUCCCGAUCUGGGAAUAGGUGGAGCAGAAAGGUUAAUUGUUGACGCUGCUGUACAACUUGCAUCCCACGGGCAUAAUGUUCAUAUUUUUACUGCACACCAUGAUAAAAGUCGAUGUUUUGAGGAGACUCUUACCGGUACUUUUCCGGUUACAGUAUAUGGUUCUUUCCUGCCCCGACAUUUCUUCCAGCAUUUUCAUGCAUUAUGUGCAUAUCUUCGCUGUAUAUUUGUUGCCCUCUGUAUGUUAUUUAUGUGGAAAUCCUUUGAUGUUGUACUCGUCGAUCAGGUCUCUAUAGUUAUCCCACUGAUGAAGCUGAAAAGGUCUUCAAAGGUUGUAUUUUAUUGCCACUUUCCUGAUUUGUUGUUGGCUCAACAUACAACUUCUCUGAGGAGGGUAUAUCGGAAGCCCAUAGACUUCAUUGAAGAAGUAACAACAGGAAUGGCAGAUUUAAUACUGGUUAACAGCAACUUUACUGCGGCAACUUUUGCGAAGACAUUCAAACAUCUUGAUUCACAAUCAGUUAGACCAGCUGUGCUUUAUCCAGCAGUAAAUGUGGAACAGUUUAAUGAACCUGAUGCAUUAAAGUUGAAUUUUCUUUCCAUCAAUCGAUACGAAAGGAAAAAGAACAUAGACUUGGCUAUUUCUGCAUUCUCAAUGCUUUGCAAGGAUGAAACAAAUGUUCUCCAAGGUCAUGAUUUGGCUGAUGCUACCUUGACCAUUGCAGGUGGUUUUGAUAGACGCCUAAGAGAAAAUGUUGAAUAUUUGGAGGAGCUAAAAGCACUGGCUGAUAGAGAGGGAGUGUCUGGUCGUGUCAAAUUCAUCACAUCUUGUUCUACAUCAGAAAGGAACGCAUUUCUUUCCGAAUGCCUGUGCGUUCUUUACACACCAAAGGAUGAACACUUUGGGAUUGUUCCCCUUGAGGCAAUGGCAGCCCAUAAGCCAGUCAUAGCUUGUAAUAGUGGAGGCCCUGUUGAGACCAUCAAGGAUGGAAUAACUGGGUUCCUCUGUGACCCUAAUCCAGAAGCUUUCUCUUUGGCUAUGAGUAAAUUGAUUGGGGAGCCACAGCUGGCACUGAAUAUGAGAAGAGAAGCCCGACGACAUGUUGAAAAGUCAUUUUCUACCAAAAUAUUUGGCCAAAACUUGAAUCAGUAUCUUGUUGAUAUAGUCCGAGAAAAGAGUGAUUAAAAAUCCUUACCAUACGGCAUGAUGAUAGAUUCUGAACUUCAUAACCUUGUUAAUUAAAAAUAGUCUGAAACGUAAUUAGAAAGUUGCCAUUUUGAUCAAAACCAAUUUAUGUAGACAUGCUAGCGAGAAUUGAAUGCAGAGCCUGGGAUGACAAGAGAUAAGUAUUUACCAAAAGACCAUAAUUAGUUUGUGCCAUUCUGUAAAGUUGACCAGCUAUCUCCAAAAUCAAUUAAGACCUUUUCUUUGGGGUUACGAAGUAGUAACAUUAUAUUUGCAUUGGUAGUUUGUAUCAUUGAUUUCAUUUCAAAAGAAUAUUAUUUUGCUGAAA